UGACCAUGUGUUCACAGCGCAGAACAAGCCUGGAAUCAGGAACAUCACCUUCCCCUGUGAAACCCAUUGAAUCCCAUUGAGAAUUUCACAGGGAUCAGAACGGCUGUAAGGAAAGUUCAAGAGUCAAAAAAUCUUCUAGAUGAUGAUGAUUGCAAGCAGUUUGGCGCAUAUUUUGAUCCUUUCUUCUAUAUAUGAUAUCAGAUAUGCCAAUGGAAAUAGUCCUCUGACCUCAAGGUCUCUACAUAUGGACAGGCCAAAGACGUCAUGUGCUGAUUCGGACCCUUUGCCCGAAUCGAGUCCUGAUGUCCGUGGCGCUGACCCCACCCUAGGCCUCCUGUCCGACAAACUCCGCUCAUGUCCCGAGCAGGAGCUGUGGGAUUGGGCCCCGAACCUGACGGAGACACACCCGUCCGGCCAACAAUCGAGGAAACGGCUCACGGUGAAAAGAGGAAAAGCGAAGAUGUUCGGUUGGGGAGAUUUUGCAUGCAGAAUGACGUCUGCAAGCCUCAAUCUGUGGAUCACAGGGAAGAUUGUGGAUCACGGCAACGGAACGUUUAGCGUUUUUUUCCGAUACAACAGCACCGGCGGUGGAAACGUCUCCAUUGGGCUGGUUCCUCCGAGCAAAGCGGUGGAAUUUGAUGCGAGGACUCAACAAACUGUUGUGCACUCGGUGGAGUCGAGGAUGUUUAACUGCAGGGUGGAGCAUGAGAAGGUGGAGAGAGGCACCAAAAGCACACGCUGCUGGUAUGACCCGUCCCGUAGCUGCGACCAGGACCAGACUCAAAGCCAUGUCUCGUGGCUCUGCUCAAAACCGUUCAAAGUCAUCUGUGUCUACAUAUACUUCUACAGCCUGGACUAUAAACUGGUGCAGAAAGUCUGUCCAGACUAUAACUACCACAGUGAGUCUCCGUACUUACCUUCUGGAUGAUCUUUUAUCUCAUAAUGAGAGAAACCAGCUCAUAUUAUAACAAUAUUAUUAUUUUUUCUUUAAAAAAAAAUAUUUAGUAGCCUACUGUUUGUCUCUAUACUCACGUACUAUGAACUUAGCUGAUCUCGGUGGCAGGCGCUGGUGAAUAUGUCAUUAUUUCUGACAGACAGAGCAAAACUUAAUGAGUUCCUGUAAUUGAUUUUUCUUCGUUGAGAUCAUGUGUCAAGGGUUUUGUCAUUUCUCAUUGUGAAUUAAUGAAAUUGCUGUGAAAGUGAAUGUAGUUUCAUUAUUGAAUACAAUCUGCCUCCACGCACUUGGGGGCAAUUACUUCACAUUGAAAAUGAAUGUAAAAUGCAUGUUUACCUUAAUGUUUCUUAAAACUUUGAGAGAAAAUGUUCAGAGAGCCUCCAUUCUCAUUCAGAAAUGCGGGGAGAUGGGUGUAGCCUACGUCAUAGAAGUAUUUUUGCACGGCCUUUAUUUUUUACACUUACACUAAGUCUUAAU